CUGCUGCACUAUUCAACCAUGGUAUCCCCAUGACUGUAUUCAGUUCUGGCGGUAGCUACAAAUAUAGCCAAGCAAAACCACGAGGCUAUUCACCGGUUUAUGACGUUCAUCGGUUGGCCGGCUUUUGAUAGGCCAGCCUCUCAGGGAACAGCCAAGGGGACCAACUUCCCCUCUGAUUCCCACUUUCAGCCCUAAGCUCCUGUCGCCAGCGCACACCCGAGCACGCGACGAGCCAAACGACAAAUCCCCCUACAGCCAGUCGACUACUAUUAUUUCGUGCUGUCAGGCCCCAGAAUUCUAACCGCGCCGAGGCCUUCGUUUCGUACGCUGCCGCCACUCAAGCUUAGGCGGUCAUUGCGUUCGCCCCACUACUUCGCUGCCUUCACCUCCACCGUCUUCUCGUGCUCACUCCCUACGGCUUGCUGUUCAAACCGCCCAACAUGGAGAACCAACCGCAGGACGCCGACCAGUCCAAGUACAUUGACAAUGCUAUUCGCGCCGUCCGCGAGAAGAAGCCGCUCCCUGAGAUUGACUUCACCCUGCAUACUAUGGAGGAUGGAAACCAAGUGAGCACCCAGGAACGUGUUUGCAAAGACGUACAAGCACCCGCCUUCCACCCACCCACCGACGAGCAAUUCUUCUCCCCGCAAGAUCGCACAAAGCCCAACAUCCAAUUCCUGAAGCAGCACUUCUACCGAGAAGGUCGCUUGACCGAACAACAGGCGCUAUGGAUUAUAAAGAAGGGUACAGAGAUCCUCAAGUCGGAGCCCAACAUGUUGGAGAUGGACGCACCCAUUACCGUGUGCGGUGAUGUUCACGGGCAAUACUACGAUCUCAUGAAGCUCUUUGAAGUCGGUGGCGACCCAGCAGAGACGCGCUACCUCUUUUUGGGAGAUUACGUCGAUCGCGGCUAUUUCAGUAUAGAGUGCGUUCUGUACCUCUGGUCCCUCAAGAUCUGGUACCCCAACACCCUCUGGCUCCUCCGGGGAAACCACGAGUGCCGCCAUUUGACCGACUACUUUACAUUCAAACUCGAGUGCAAGCACAAGUACUCCGAGGCCGUGUACGAAGCCUGCAUGGACUCGUUCUGCGCACUUCCCUUAGCCGCUGUUAUGAACAAGCAGUUCUUGUGUAUACACGGUGGAUUGAGUCCCGAGCUUCACACUCUGGAUGACUUGAAGAGCAUUGAUCGUUUCCGCGAGCCACCCACGCACGGCCUCAUGUGCGAUAUUCUCUGGGCUGACCCCCUCGAGGAAUUCGGUCAAGAGAAGACCAACGACUUCUUUGUUCACAACCACGUCCGCGGAUGCUCGUACUUCUUUUCGUACCCCGCUGCGUGCGCUUUCCUUGAGAAAAACAACCUUCUGUCGAUCAUCCGCGCACACGAGGCGCAAGAUGCUGGAUACCGAAUGUAUAGGAAAACACGGACGACUGGUUUCCCCAGUGUCAUGACAAUCUUCAGCGCGCCGAACUACCUCGACGUAUACAACAACAAGGCUGCGGUUCUGAAGUACGAGAACAACGUCAUGAACAUCCGACAGUUCAACUGCACACCGCAUCCAUACUGGCUGCCUAACUUUAUGGACGUCUUCACAUGGUCAUUGCCAUUUGUUGGCGAAAAGAUUACUGACAUGCUCAUUGCUAUCCUAAAUACCUGUUCGAAGGAGGAGCUCGAAGAGGAGACGCCCAGCUCUCUGGCUUCCGGCCCAUCAUCCCCACCUCUCUCCAGUCUCGACCCAGAUUCGACCGAGUUCAAGCGACGUGCGAUCAAAAACAAAAUCCUGGCGAUUGGUCGCCUCUCUCGUGUAUUCCAAGUGCUGCGCGAGGAGUCUGAGCGUGUCACUGAGCUCAAGACUGCAUCGGGUGGUCGACUUCCCGCGGGUACGCUCAUGCUCGGUGCGGAGGGAAUCAAGCAGGCGAUCCACAGCUUCGAGGACGCACGCAAGGUCGAUUUGCAGAACGAGAGGCUCCCGCCGAGCCACGAGGAGGUACGAAAGUCUCAGGAGGUCAGCCGAGAGCAGGCUCUCGAGAAGGCCACCAAAGAAGCCGACAACGACCAAGGCCUCGCGACUGUCGCAAGACGCAUCAGCAUGUCAUCUGGCUCUGGACGCAGCCGGAGAAGCUAGGCGCGAUUCAAGCGCUCGCGAUCCGAGAGCGAAGCUGAUAUACGAGCUAUGACAUUGCAGGAUGUUUAGGUUCUUGAUUUCUGUAUUGGCGGGCCACCAAAUGUCAUCAGUAUACCACGUAGGCGUAUUCGGGCCAGCGUAACCUAGAGGGCAUCACCUUACGAAGCACGGUAGUAAUUUGUCGGUUGACUGCUCAAGUUUAAGGGCAUCGACCUCUCAUUGAAUCACAUAAAAUCAAAUUCCUAUGACACCAGUGUACAUCGACCUGCUCAG